GCUUCACGGACUGUAGUUUGCCAGCAUUUUCUAAUCUAUCAAUACGUCGCGAUGUCUUCUGAAGAAAGAACCAAUCUUGCAGCAAUUGUUGAGGGCAACAGGAAAAUAAGACUGGAACACAGAGAUAUUCCUACUUUGGGGACAAACGAUGUGUUAAUCUCUAUAUCUUCCGUUGGAAUCUGCGGAUCAGAUCUAAAAUAUUGGGCAUAUGGAAAAUGUGGUAGAUUCAGCUUGAACGGCAAGUCGAUGGUUAUCGGUCAUGAAGCAGCUGGUGUUGUUACUUCUGUUGGUAGUGGUGUGAAACAUUUAAAAAUUGGAGAUAGAGUAACUAUUGAACCAGGCGUUCCAUGUAAAUCGUGUGAAAUAUGCCAGGGUGGAAGAUAUAAUUUAUGCAAGAAGAUGAGAUUUUGUGCAACUCCGCCGGUUGACGGAAAUCUCUGCACUUAUUACGUCCACGACGCUGACUUUUGUUACAAAAUUCCCGACAACAUAACGACUGAGGAAGCCGCAAUGUUGGAACCGUUGAGUGUCGCUGUUUAUGCAUGUGAACGAGCAAAUAUUGGAUUAGGGCAAUCUAUUGUUAUAUUUGGCGCAGGGCCGAUUGGGAUUCUAUGUGGACUUGUCGCUAAAAACUCUGGAGCUUCAAAUAUAUGUAUUGUAGAUAUCGACGAAGGACGGCUGGCAUUUGCGAAAAGCCUUGGAGCAGCCAACAAAACUUAUCUCGCUACAUUGGAAGCCUCAAAAGAUCCGUCGAAAGUGGCGGAUGACAUUUUGGAAAUUUUAGGAUCCGAUUUGGGAGCGCACUCAAGCUUAGAAUGCAGUGGUGCCGAUAGCAGUUUAGCUACCGGAAUUCACGUUACAAGACCUGGAGGUUCUGUAAUUCUCGUCGGUCGGGGAUCUCUCAGUCCUUCAAUUCCUAUCGUUCUCGCAGCUACUAAGGAAGUGGACAUUAAAGGCGUUUUCAGAUACGCCAAUAAUUACCCGCAAUCAAUUUCACUCGUCUCGUCAGGAGCAAUUGACGUUAGUAAACUCAUUACCCAUCGUUUUACUCUUCAAGAAUCGGAAAAGGCUUUCGAAGCCGCAGCUGACAGUCGCCAGAGAGCGAUAAAAGUGAUGAUAAAUUGCUGACAGCAACGAUGAUAAUGAAGAGACGAUGACCAAUGAUCUCCCAAAGCAUUUUAUCUAAUUUAUAAGCCAGUCAAAGACCUAAGUCGACAAUGAUUUGAUAUCAUAAAUUGACAACCCUUUAAUAUGGAAAAUACGCCCAAGAUUUCGCAAACGGCCACCACGAAAGACAGUGAUUAACAGACUUUAAUUCAACCAAUCCCAUCAGUCUCUCUACACUCAAACUCACUAUUCCAAGCCUUUAUAAAUCAAUAAGUCAUGCUAUGACCGGACCAUAACGCGAUAGCACAGGAAGGUCAUGCGUAUUUUCUACAUUGCCUGAAUGCGGAAUUCCACCCCGCUAAUACUGUAAAUGUAUUGCUCUCACGUCUCAGUUAUCGUCUCCGCAAUUUUACGAAUCCAACUGCAACUGUAGCAAUUAAUUUCGGAUUUUAAUUCAUUUAAUUGGAAUAGUAAAAUAAACGGACCACUGUAAAUCAAAAAGCACAAUCAUUAGCAUUGUCAUAUUUGCAGAAUAGACAUUAUGAGAAAACAACUUCCAGAUUGCGAUCACCAUAUUUGAUACAAUGAGACGACUUAGCAGGAAUGUCACAUUAUUAGGAAUUUCUCUGCAUCAAAAAUAGUAAAUUUUCUAAAGACUUCAUCAGACAGUUUGGGAACGAUAUAUACUACUAUACCUAGUUCUAUUGCUCUGACAAAUGCAUUAUAAAGAGAUCAUUAUCAGUCAGUAUGGUGCAUAUGGGCACGGUAGAUAUUGUCUCCCUAAUAAAGUGGGGCAUCAAAUUUACAAAUAGAUUUUGGGUUAUGAUUAAUUGACAAUCAAGUUCGAUACAAAAAUUUGAGCACAGAAUCAAAUUCAAAUAUUGCGAAAGUUUCAAAUUGAAUUUUCUCCCAUAAAUCUAAAAUGAAAAAGAUAUUCAGAAAUCAUAUAAUGCAAAAACAUGCCUGGUAUAAGCCAUUUCGAUUCCAAUAAAGAUCAUAAAUGCCAAUUGAUUGACAUGCUUAAGAAAACAAACUGCAAAAAUUUCAUACACAAAUUAAAUGUGUUUCAUAAUUUUGGCGUUCUCAGAAUCUAGCUGAUCCCAAUUAGAAGUUAAUUAGCCUGAUCGAAGUUCAGACAUAACAGUAUGUCCUAUGAAAUUCAGUUUCAACACAUAUGGCAAACUAUAAAUAAAUUAAGCGAAUUGUUACAUCUCACAUAAUAACAUUUCCAUAUUUUUUCAACGUUUUACACAUUGUUUUUCGAACAUUGACAAAGGUAAUAAAAAAAAAAAUGUUUCAACAAGCA